AUGGAGCCCGGAGCUCGCCUGUGCCUCGCCCUCUGCCUCGCCGGACUCCUCCCGGCCCCGGGCUGCCGGGGGGCGCAGGGCAGGUUCGCCUACAAACUGCUCCACGACCUCUUCGCCAACUACUCCAGCGCCCUGCGCCCCGUGGAGGACACGGACCGAGCCCUCAACGUCACCCUCCAGGUCACCUUGUCCCAGAUCAUCGACAUGGUGAGCGCCGGGCACGGCACCGGCACCGCGCUGUGGGUCCGCCAGACGUGGCUGGACGCGCACCUGGCCUGGGACAAGGACGAGUACGGCGGCAUCGACAGCAUCCGCAUCCCCAGCAGCUACGUGUGGCGGCCGGACAUCAUCCUCUACAACAACGCCGAUGAGCGCUUCGGCGGCUCCAUGGAGACCAACGUGGUGCUGCGCUCGGACGGGCACAUCAGGUGGGACUCGCCCGCCAUCACCAAGAGCUCCUGCAAGGUGGACGUGUCCUACUUCCCCUUCGACGGGCAGCAGUGCCGCCUCACCUUCGGCUCCUGGACCUACAACGGCAACCAGCUCGACCUGCGCAACCAGCUGGACAGCGGGACCCUGACGGACUUCGUGGAGAACGUGGAGUGGGAGGUGCUGGGCAUGCCGGCCACCAGGAACGUCAUCACCUACGGCUGCUGCUCCGAGCCCUACCCCGACGUCACCUACACCCUGCUGCUGCGCCGCCGCGCCUCCUUCUACAUCUUCAACCUGCUCCUGCCCUGCAUCAUGGUCUCCUUCCUGGCCCCGCUGGGCUUCUACCUGCCGGCCGACUCGGGGGAGAAGGUGUCUCUGGGGGUGACGGUGCUGCUGGCCCUCACCGUGUUCCAGCUGCUGGUGGCCGAGAGCAUGCCGCCGUCCGAGAGCGUCCCGCUCAUCGGUGAGCGCAGCGCGCCCCGGGCGGGCCGGGGGCUCAACGUCGGGUACAUCGCCGGCUGCUUCCGCCGCCACCGCGCCAACCAGCGCCGCACCGGCGAGUGGAAGAAGGUGGCCAAGGUGAUGGAUCGCUUCUUCAUGUGGGUCUUCUUCCUCAUGGUCUUCCUCAUGAGCGUGCUGGUCCUGGGCAACGCUGCCUGAUGGAGCCAGUGCUGCGAGCCCCCAAGGGGGCUGCGGUGCCUCGUGAGGGUGGGCACAAAUGUCCCUGGUCCCCCCAAAAUGCCCCUGGUCCCCCCCAAAGCUGCAGGGCAGGAGCUGCACCAUCACUGGGAAGAGGUGCCAGACCUCCAGUGGGACCCCCGGCUGCAGGGCUGAGGGGUCCCAGCCCCUGUCCGACUGUACCACAGUGGGCACUCCCACUCCCUGGGGCAUCCUGCACCUGAGAAAUCCAUCAAACUGGAAAUAAA